AUGGGAGGCUGUAGAUGUAGUUUUUAUAAAUGUUCAAAUAACACGACACUUGCAAAAGAGACCAACUCGAUACAUUCGCACUUUUUCCACUUUCCUAUCAAAGAUCUACAGAGAUGUCGUUCGUGGGCAAUCUACAGCAACAAUAUGACAUUUCUAUCAUUGCCUAUGGAUAAAUUAAAGAAUAAAGUAAUUUGUGACAUGCAUUUUCCAGAGAGUAGCUUUAUGAACUACACGAGAAGUAAAUUAAAUAAGACGACUGCCAUACCAAGUAUAUUUAUCAACGAACAUCGUCAAGAAGUUGAUUUACUAUCAAAUCCAACGGAUUGGGUUAUUGAAAAUAGAAAUGCAGAGACUCCAUCGCAUUUUAAGGAUUCAAAUACUGUCAAAAUUGACAUAGACGACUCAAACAUUGAUGUGGAAAUGCCACAACCAAAAAAGAUUAAAACAGAAGUACCUAAAGUUGGAGAAGUAAGGAUCCUUAACAAAUUAGUAACUUCACAAAGCAAUAAAAUACUUACAGUCAAACAAAUUAGUAAGCCUGAAUCACCUUCGAUCGUUAAAGUCACUCCAAAAACGCUCCCAACUUCAGUAAAGGUUCAAAAGACUCCAGUCAAGAUCGAGACAUCGCCAGCAUUUCAAGCAAAAAUCAGUGCUGAGAAACCAAAAGUAUUUAAGGAAAUAACGCCCACAGCAUCAGCACAAUUAUCAUUUAAUGACAGUGAUCCAGCACAAGAAACUUAUGAAUUUGUUACAGUCCUUUCCAGCGAUGAUCAGCCAAGCUUCGCUAAUGAAUCAACUUCAAGUCAUUUACAAGGAGCUAGUGAUGAAAUAAAGUCACUUCUCUCACAAACUUCACAAGAUAUUUUAGACAUUAAAUCAAUGCUAAGUACGAGUAUAGCCAAAACUCAAACACCAGUCAAGAAUGAAAGUUCCAACAUUUCACAGUCACAAUUCAACAAAGUUCAGUUAUUUAAUGGAAUCAAGAGAUAUUUAUCACCUUCACUUAUAGCACUGCUGAGGAUGGAACUGUUUAGUGCUCCAAAUCGAAAAUAUAAAAAGGAUGAGAAAAUAAUUUGUUCGGAACUGCUUAAAUUGGGAGAUGAAACUUAUGACUUUUUCAACGACGAAUGGCGAGUUAGGCUUCCUGCAAAAGAUGAGGUAAAGUCAUGGCAGAAUGAGGAAAUGACUGAUGAUGAUGCGUGUUAA